GGCGGCAGGUUGACUGGACCCGUUGGGGUUGUUUCUAUUGCACGCUGUUUGCUUUCGACCGGACUCGAAGUGAUACCAGAACUGGACUUAAAUUCUGCUACAGGACUUAAAAGCGGCGCGCGCGAAGUGUUGUCGGAGGCUGUGGACUCGCGGAGCGGCUGAGGCGUCGCGCGCUCCCGUCCUGCUCCCGGCUGUGAAGUGAGACCAGCGGCUGCAUGAAGAGGACCCUGGUCCUCACCUAGACCCCCGACCCCCCCCCCGCCUGGACAUGAGGUCGAUUCGAUCGUUUGGCAACGACGACCGCCAUGUCAUGGCCAAGCAUGCCAGCAUCUACCCUGCACCAGAGGAGCUGGAGGCCGUCCAGAAGCUGGUGUCCACCGUGGAGGGAGCCUUGAAGAAAGUCUCUGAUUGGAUGGAUGGCCUGAACCAGCCCGCAGGGACCCCGCCCAGCAGCCAGGCUGCAGACGGGGGGGUGGAGGACGAUGCUGCCGGGAGCACGCGUGAUGGGACGUCGGUGCUGAGCGGCGUGAUGCGCGUGGGCCUGGUGGCCAAGGGUCUGCUCAUCAAAGGGGACAUGGACCUGGAACUGGUGCUGAUGUGCAAAGAGAAACCCACCAAGCUGCUGCUCUACACCAUCAGCGCCAACCUCCCACUGCAGAUCCAGACGAUGACUGAGGACAAGUUCGAGGUGCGGUCGCUGGUGCCGGAGGCAGCCAUCAGGGUCUGCAGUGCCAAAGAUCCUGAACUGGUGCUGAAGGUCACGCUGUCGUCCUUGGCCAUGAGGGAGGAGCUCUGCGCCACAGGUGAAGAGGAGGACGACGGCAGAGCGGAGGAGGAGGAGGAGGAGGAGGAAGAUGUCCUGGACAGGCAGCGGUGCCAGGCUGCGCUGGCCUCGCUGCGACACGCUAAAUGGUUCCAGGCCCGAGUCACAGACCUCAAGUCCUGCGUCAUCGUGCUGAGGAUCCUCAGAGACGUGUGCAACAGACUGCCGGUGUGGCAGCCGCUCAAAGGCUGGCCUCUGGAGCUCAUGUGUGAAAAGGCCAUCGGCACCUGUAACCGGCCGCUGGGUCCAGGCGAGGCCCUGCGUCGCGUCAUGGAGUGCGUCGCCUCAGGGAUGCUCCUGCCCGGGGGUCCGGGACUUCACGACCCCUGUGAGAGGGAGCCCACAGACGUCCUAUGGGGCCUCAGCGCCCAGCAGACGGACGCCAUCACUCACAGCGCGCAGCAUGCGCUGCGCCUCCUGGCCUUCGGGCAGCUCUACAAGGUCCUGAAUAUGGACCCUCUCCCUGCCAACAAGCCGUCGUCGAGGCUGCUAGAAGGUGUCCAUCUGAAGAGGCUUCGGGACGACAUUGGGCCCGAGGACAGGGACUUCAUCAAAAGGCUGAAAGUCCUGGACUGGAGGAUGACUGAUCCAAACCACCCAAUGAAUGCUCUGAUGCGCCUGAACCAGAUCCACCCGGGCCUUCAGUACCGCCUGCUGUCCCAGUCGGGUCCGGUCCACGCGCCAGUCUUUAGCAUGUCAGUGGAAAUUCAGGGAACCACCUACCAGGCCACUGGGAACUCCAAGAGAACAGCCAAGCUCCAAGUGGCCCUGAAGGCGCUGCAGGCUCUGGGCUUCGCGCUCAGCGCCGACGGAGACGUGGACUCGCUGAGCGCCGACGAGAAGUCAGAUGGCGAAGGCAAGAACGACAGGAUGUCCACCAGCUCCAGCUCCACCUCCAUCACCUCCUCCACGGACGCACAGGAGUCCAGAGCGCCAGGUCCCAUCCUGACGGCCGGAGGUAAAAACCCUGUGAUGGAGCUGAACGAGAAACGCCGCGGCCUCAAGUACGAGCUGAUAUCGGAGAGCGGCAGCAGCUACGACAAACGCUUUAUCAUCGAGGUGGAGGUGGAUAAGCAGGUCUUUCGGGGGACGGGCCCCAAUAAGAAAGUAGCCAAAGCCAGCGCUGCACUAGCCGCCUUGAACAGCCUGUUCUCAGGCUGCAAGUCCACGAGCAACAAGAAGAAACGAGCCAACGCUCCGCCCAAGCAGCCGGUGGCCUCGGUGCUCACCCUCCCAGCCCUCGCUGCCAGGCCUCCACACGUCCCCGUCCUCCCCAGAGCUCCCUACAUCAGCACCGCAGCCACACAUGCGUACAUGCCCCCAGGUUUCGGUGCUCCCUAUGGCUACCCCCCCACCAGCGCCCUCCCUGCCUACGGUUUCCCCUCCAGAAUGCCCUCAGUAGUUGUCCCCAUCAUCAGGGUCCCCACCACAUACCCCGUCACCCACCUGUACCCCUAUUAGGACCCUACUCACCCACUGCACAGUGCAUUGCUUGGUAAAGGAAUAUGCUGACGUGGACUGUGUUGUUCAUACAGUGCUGCAUGUUCCUGCUGCAGCCCUAAAGGUUCUGCUAACGCUGUGUGAACACAGGGUUUGACAAAUAAGCUCUUUGGUGAUCAAAGCUUCAUGAAGAGUUCAGCUGUGAGUGAACGUCACUCGGUAAGAAGCUUAAUGUCUAAUCUGAAACACUAAAUAAAAUAUUCCAUAGGGCUCCAUUAGGCCCAGCUCCGUAGACGACGCACCCACUGUAAGUAUUAGAAAACCAAGCUCUGAUGUCGGACAUUAAUAAAUCAUCCCUGAGCAGCUGGAAGUCUUUGGGGAACCAAGAAAAAGUAGUUUGUUUUGGAAAGCAGUACCUGUACUGUGUCUACCAGGGUCACGGUGGUGCUAAUAUUCAUGGCAGUGGUGCGGUUGCUAACUGUCUACAUGCUGCACUGGACAUAACAUCAACAGCUGGGUUAAAGCAGCAUCCCUCCAUCAGAUACCACCUACUCAGCAUGUUCCCUCUUGGUUCCCUGGAGUCACCACAGCAGGAAAAGAACAACAGUAAAUCAGUGAAAGGCACCCAGUACUGGAGCAGAGCACGAGCUCGCACCCAGCGGCCUCAGUCGGAACCUGCACAGACUUCCUGUGUAACGUACUAGAAACAUGACGUGAGCAGAGAGCCUAUUUGUCAAUGCAGCAUUCUGUUAGUUGUUCCUUUAACGGUCAUUGUGUGUGAACUGCUGAGUCUUUUGUUUUCAUUUCUGUGUUUUGUCAUGUUCUCAUUAACUGGAUGCACUGAGACGCAUUUUCCUUCUGUUUGGACGGUACCCGUCCAGGUUUACAGUUGUUUUGUCUUGAGUUUAAAUGCUUCCUUUUCAGGGGAGGUUUUAUUUUGACCUGUUCAUAAUCUGAUAUUCUUUUUAAAUAAAUUAUUUUUGUGGUUCAUAAUAUUUUAGUGCAGGUUUUUGUUUUGUUUUUUCAUUUCUUUAUCAAGUCACUCCUUACUUUACAUUUACUGUUUCAUACAGUAGCUGUGGCCAUUAUUCAGUUGUUCACCUUACGUUCUCCUGAUUUUAUUUUCUGCAAUAAAAUGCAGUGAAUUCACUGAGAGCUUCAGCAUAAAACCUGGUACUGUAAAAGUAUAGAUCAUGGCAGAGCUGCUGUGUUGGGUUGAAUCAGAGUGCGUAGCUGUUCCUAAUAAAGUGGCUACUCAGCAUAGGUUUAUGCAUUCUAUUCACCAAAGCUGAGGCUGAGAAGUCAGAGGAUCAGACGUGUUCAACAUAUUAGAACCAGUCAGGAAGAUAUUAAAGCAUGAGCGGCACAGGUUCCUGUGUAUGAAGAGAUUAUUGCCAACACGUGAUGUGCAUCAACUAGAGUCAGACAGACGUUACAUCAGAUAAUCCCAGAUUCAACCAAUAGAGCCUCUGGAUAAUGUGGCAAACGCAGGACUCCUGCCUGUGUGGGGCAUUUAGUGAAGUCAUCACUGCGCUGGUUAGAAGCUUCACACGCUGUGUCCUAGUGAGGUGUGGGGCUGAGUCGCUGACUCAGCCGCCUCAGGUGUCCAGUCUGAUGAUCUAGACCUCCACACGUCACCGUCUGCAGCAAAAGCCCACGUCUGUCUGAAGCAGCAGCAGUUUGCAGCAGUAACACAGUUACAGUGAGAUUCCAACAUGCCGUCCUUCACACAUGCGGCACUGAAUCCACUUAUUCCACCCGACCCCUAAGAAUCCUGCAGCAGCUCCAGCAGAUUAUGCAACGUGCCUUGAAGCUGGGCGUCAGCGCUCGCCGCAGGUUUGUGCUUUAGCUCCUGUUAACCCUGCUCCUCUGUCUGCAGGCGGUGUGUACAUGGACAGUGCCUACUACCAGCCGCAGGCCGUAGCCACGCCCAUCAUCAUCCACCUGGGCCCUCAGGACCUCUUCUGACCCGUCAAUGCAGCGAGGCCGGACGCCACCUCCUGUCUGAUCCCUCACCUUCUCAAACUCCCCCAGCGUUUCUCCCACGCAACUCACAGGGUCAAUCCUGAAAGCAAUAGGGAGGACACCACCUGCAGCAGCUCUCUGCCAGGUCCAGGUUGGGCUUUGGUGGAGGAGAGGCUGCAGAAGAGACUUUAUUUCACAGAGCCUGUGCAGGAAUGUCAACAAAACAAAGCAAUACUUCGUGAGCUUUGGAGAAACUCAGCCGACUCCAAAGCUGCAGCACUGGCACAUUCACAGCGUGACCCACUGUAUGUAAAUACCAGGUACUACUGUACAUUUGGAUGUUUUGACUUUUGAAUAUAUAUACACUGUACAUGCAUAUAAACAUGUUUAUCUUUGAACAUUUAUAAUGUAUCUGAAUGUAGUGACCGACGUAGGUUUGUAUUUAAAGUUCUGACAUUAUGAGUA